UUGCUAACUUCUUAAAUCUCUCCGCAGCAUCACAGUAUGGCUUCUGUCGGUGCGUUAUUGAUGCUUUUGCCUGUUGCGUGGACAUGCUCUCCCCAAAAAGCAGACUAUGUUAUGGUGUCAUGUUUCCCCAACGCCAUCAUUGCCAACGUCCCAGAGUGUCCUUACGGCUGGGAGAUUGACCAGCUGUCUCUGGGUGGAGUCUGUUACUCUGGGAUACACAGCCCAGGCUUCUACCGCUUCAUCAUCCCAGACCUGACACCCAAAAACCACUCGUACUGCGGCACGCAGUCUGAGUACAUGCCCGGCAAAGACCCCAAGUACGUCUUCUAUAACUCCAUCGUGUCCAACGAUACGUCGCUCACAGUCAGAAACCAGCCGGUCAACUACACCUUCAACUGCAUGUACCGAGCAGCCUACCUUGUAAAUAACGCAGUGUUCAGUCAAAGAGUGGCUACAGUUUAUGUCAACAACGGGAGUUUAGGCACUUUUAGAUCACAGUUGUCUAUGAAUGUGUUCACGAAUUCAAAGUUCCUGUAUGCCAAGGACGCUCCUUAUGUGAUCGACACUUCUGAGAUCGGCUCUGAAGUCUUCAUCGGCAUCGAGGCAAAAGGACUAAGUAACAGAUUCAAAGUUGUUAUAAACAACUGCUGGGCCACUCCUACUCCUUACUCAACAGACAAGAAAAGGUGGAGUCUUAUCAUUAACAGCUGCACCUCCGACCACACUGUGACUAUUUUUGAGAACGCCAAAGACAGCCGCUCCAUGUUCAAGUUCAACUCUUUCCGCUUCCAACGGCUGGAGAAGGUUUCCACCGUCUGGCUUCAUUGUGAGGUCCAGGUUUGUGACGGAGAGAGGCUCGUCUGUCAGCCAGCCCCCUGCUCUGUCAGAAGUCUGUCAUCGGAGGCUGAGCCAAGUGGAGGGAUCCUUACUGCCGAGUUUCACAUUAAAGGAAUUGAUUCCUCUAAUAAUGGACACAUAAAAGGCACUUCACUAUUCAUCCUGCUGGCGGUCCUCAUAAACACAUGUUGUGAUUUAGUGAAUGGAUCAAGAAUGUAGUAAAAACUCAUCUUCAUGCCAACCCACACUCAAAUCAUUAUCGCACACAGAUAUUAUAUGUAAUUAGCACAUUUAUUGGAUAAACUUUUAAAAUGUCACAUGCAUUGCUUCACUG